CAGACCUGUCAGCUCUGUGCGAUAUCCACCAUUUCCUAGGGUUCUGCCGGGCCCAACCGCCUUGCGCCGUCACUACUCCGCUCGGUAUCGCCCGGCCCAAGCCGCCCAAAUCCAUUCCUAUCGGAGGCACCGAGUGGCGCCCCGGCCAGCGUACUGGCGUAUAGCUGAGCGCUACUAGUGGAUACGACUAGCGUUUCGGGCGUUCCUAUCCUGCCCCUCUGCCCCCUGGGGCCGCUGUCGUACAAAAGUACCACUGAUAUACCCGGCGCCGACCGUUCUUCUCCCCGUACACUCUCGCCACCAUGGGCCAGCUGCAACGCAAGAUCGAGACAUUCUUCUGGGGCAAGCCCCCCGCGACCGCCAAGGAGCGCAAGCUUCUGCGCAAGCUCGACCUCGUCAUUUUGUCUUAUAUCUGUCUGUCGUACUGGAUCAACUAUUUGGACCGCGCCAACUUGGCCAACGCCUACGCGACGGGCAUGCGCCAGGCUGUCGGCUUCAAGGGUAACGACUACACCAUGGCGCAGGCCUGCUUCACGGCCGGUUACGUCGUGGGCCAGGUCCCGGGCGCUCUCAUCCUGGCUUCGGGGCGCAUCUCGCCUCGCUUCUGGUUCCCCUUCUGCGUGUGUGCAUGGGGACUCUGUACGCUCGGCAUUGCCUUUGUGACCAGCCCCCACCAGGUCAUGGCUAUCCGCUUCGUGAUGGCCAUCUUUGAGGCGUCGACUUUCUCCGGAUCCCACUACAUCCUCGGAUCGUGGUACAAGGACGAAGAGUUGGGCAAGCGUACUGCCGUCUUCACCAGCGCCGCGCAGUUUGGCACCAUGUUCUCGGGUAUCAUGCAGGGCGCUAUCCGCCAGACCAUGGAGGGCCGCAACGGCCUCGCUGGGUGGCAGUGGAUGAUGAUCAUCAACGCUAUUAUGACUAUCCCCAUUGGCGUCUACGGCUUCGUCAUGUUCCCCGGAACGCCGCAGACCGUCAAGUCGUUCUGGCUUUCCGAGGAGGAGCGCGAGAUGUGUCUCUCUCGCCUGCCGCCCCACGAGCACUACGUUGUUACGUGGCCUCGUUUCAAGAAGUCAAUCCUUACCAUCGUCUCGACUUGGCGUUACUACCUGUUCUCGGCGCUCUUCAUGGUCUCGGCCACCUCAUUCGAGAAGACUGGUAUCUACAACGAGUUCAUGUUCUGGCUCGAGGACGUUGGUUAUCCCAAGCACCUCGUCAACUACUACCCCUGCAUUUACACGGCCGUGGCGAUUGUUGGUACCUACAUGAUGACGGUGUACUGCGACGCGACCGGGCACCGUUUCAUCGCCAACGUAAUCAUGUUCGUGUCCGUCCUGAUCUCCUCCAUCAUGCUCCUGGUAUGGGACAUUCCUACAGGGGCCCAGUUCUUCGCCUACAUCGUCGGCGCCAUCGGCUACGCCGGCCAGGCCUCCAACUUUGCCUGGGCCAACUCGCUCACGCGCGACGACGAAAUGCUGCGCUCGUGCACCCUCUUCUCCAUGAACCUCUUCUCCAACCUCUGGAACCUCUGGUACCAGAUCGCGGUGUGGCCCAUUGUCGACCGCCCGCGCUUCACCAACGGCCAAAUCGCGACGAUCGUGACUGGUGUCGUGUCCGUCGGUAUUGCUGCUGCUAUUGUGUGGUGCUCGCGCCGCUUCAAGCCCGACCUCCCCCAGGACCAUGUACAGGACGAGGUCGAGGGCGAAGUCGAGGGCAAGGGCGACUUCAACGCCACCAGCGACACCGAGAAGGGCGACACGGAGUACACUGCGCAGGUCAAGCCUACGUACUAGGUCAGGAAGACUGGGGAUUCGAUGCGUUUUUCGUUGUAGGGGUGAUUAAGGAUAAAGAGGACGUGGUUGUGUGGGCUAUUGGUAGAAGCUGGAUGCAUGACGCUGUGAAU